AUGGCUGAUAUGGACGUCGACCCCCCCGCCUCCUCCGCUGCUGCCAGGGCGUUGGAUGAGAAGAAGCGAUUCGAGGUGAAGAAGUGGAACGCGGUUGCUCUAUGGGCAUGGGACAUUGUUGUUGAGAACUGUGCCAUCUGCAGGAACCACAUCAUGGAUCUGUGCAUUGAUUGUCAAGCGAAUCAGGUCUCUGCCACUAGCGAGGAAUGCAACGCCGCAUGGGGAAUUUGCAACCAUGCAUUCCACUUCCACUGCAUCUCACGUUGGCUGAAGACGAGGAACGUGUGCCCUUUGGACAACAGAGAGUGGGAACUACAGAAGUAUGGUCGGUGA